AUGAGAGUCUUCCUGAUUUAUCCAACAAAGACUGCAAAUAGACAUUUCAUUCACACACUAACAAGCCCAGUGAAUGACCGCGACACUGCCAACGAAGUUAUCGACUGCUUGUCUUUCUUAAUUCGUACCUUUACUUCAUCGUAUAAUCUGGCAGUCGAUUUCGAUAGAGAGCCCCUCCUGUUUGCUUGCAAAAUCUCCACCAUAAUUGGAAUUAACGCAGAUCGAGAUGAGCAAAUUGCUUCAGACUACAUCAUGGCUUCAUCCUCACUAAGACCUAACAAGUCGGUAGAAAAUGAGAGCCCUUUAUCUUCCUCCCCCUCAUCAUCCUCUUUUGACUCCCCUCUAUUUUCUCCUAGUUUCAUAUAUGAUGUUUUCGUUAUUGAUGACACCUCAUUUUUGGAUCCGUGUCCAAAUAGAAAGCAUCGUCGAGGGACAAAUUGA